UGCACAACCUCCAGGGCCUGGACCGCCAACCGCGCGUCAAGAUGGCAGAAAAGAGGCAGAGGCCGUACGAUGGCCGCAGUGACAGCUCUUACCGGCACCGUGACCACGGCCAUGGCCAGCCAUAUCACAAGAAGCAUAAACCGAACACCUUCAACCAACACUCAACACUUGCCCCUCGUCCUCGUGACCGAGAUCCCACCACAGGAUUUAGCAAUGUACCCCGAAAUAGCCACCAAGGGCCCAAGCACACUACUAAAAAAAGCGAGAUAGCAAAUCCAAUUCUGGAACAUUUCGAGCGUCUUCCCGAUCCGAGCAAGUGUGAGCCCUGCAAGCUGGCCGCUUCGGAGACACAGAAUGGUCUGCUAGCGCUCCUACACCAGCUCGAGCAAGAGGAAGAAGGCAAUGGGGGUGACCAAGAUAUCUUGUACCAUGCCCGGGAGUUGCGCAAUCGUCUUUCUACCCGAGCAAAGGAUUCGCCCGCCUCCAAGACGAUGCAAAAGUUGGAACAGAGGUAUCCUUGUAAAGCGAAAUACGUAACUAUUCCCACCUACGUUGCCAGGAAGAUCGAAUUAGCCAAAGAUCUACCCCCACUUCCCCCCGUCAUAGAGCCUUAUUUGAAGGAAGCCGUUUUCACCCACAAGUCUCUCAAUUCGGAUCCAAGUGUCACCGAGAAACUCAACUACGAGCGCCUCGAGUUCCUUGGAGAUGCCUACAUUGAGAUCAUAUCUUCUCGUCUUAUUUACAACCGCUUCGCCCACCUUGAAAGCGGAAAGCAAGCCCAGCUUCGAGAAUCUCUCGUGAAGAACGAGACCUUGGCACUAUUAUCCAAUGCCUACGGUCUCGGUGAUCGAAUUGCGCACGUGGGCCACUUGCAGCACGACAAAGGGUGGACCAAGAUAUUGGCCGAUGUGUUUGAGGCGUACGUUGCAGCCAUAAUCCUUUCGGAUCCUGACAAUGGCUUUAAGACGGCGGAGAACUGGCUAGCCGAAUUGUGGGCUGUGCAGUUGCUAGAGUACAAAGAGAAACCCCUUGAAGAUCCGAAUGCAAGAGAAGAGAUUAGGAAACUGCUUGGUGGGAAGGGCAUCGCACUUGACUAUCGUAUGGAGAGAGACAUGGAGCAGACUCAUGGCGUGCAGAGGUUCUUCAUGGGGUUGUACUUGACGGGAUGGGGUUAUGAAGACCAAUGGUUGGGUAGCGGUGAGGGUCAGAAUAAAGCCCAGGCGUCCAUCCACGCUGCUAUGGAUGCAUUGAAGAACAACCGAACUCUAAUCGAAGACGGGCUAAGGCAAAAAUUAGAGAUGUAUCCACAAUUAAAAGAAAAACUAGAGGGAAGUAAGCAGAAGGGGCAGGAGGGUAGGGGCGUGGGUGCCAUCCAGGAAGAGCAAAGAACGACCAACACUGGGAAGGUUGACGAGGAGUGGGAAAGUGGGAGGCGUGACCAGAUCAAAGACACGGAUGACGUUUCCCAGGGAAGGAAGGAGAAGAAAAAGAAAGGAAAAAGAAUGUAGAGAAGUCGGUCUAUGAUUUUAGCGCUUCAUAAUAGCGAAGGGUAUGUACUCGACCACGGUCUCACUACCCUUAGCUGUCUUCACUUAGGCAGACACGCCUAAAUCGGUGCAGAUGGUAAGCGCCACAGUGUCCAAGAAACAUAAGCGGCAUCCGCCCUCCGCAAAGUAUCGU